GUCGUUGUUUCCCCUGUUGUCAGCAUGGAGGAUGUGAAGGUAUCCGAUGUGGAGGUGUGUAACCUGGCGUAUAGAGGGGAGUUAGAAGAGCUCCGGAGCAAGAUCCUCGCAGACAAGUCUCUGGCCGCCAAAACGGACCAGGAUGAACGGACGCCUCUCCAUUGGGCAUGCUCUGCGGGACACUCAAACGUGGCAGAUUAUUUACUGGGAUUAGGGGUACCAAUUGACGCCAAAGAUGAUGCGGGAUGGACACCUCUGCAUAUUGCGGCUUCCGCUGGCCGAUAUGAUAUCGUGAGAGCUUUGAUUUCAAAAAGAGCGCAAGUAAAUGCUACAAAUCAAAAUGGCUGCACCCCUCUUCACUAUGCUGCCUCCAAAAACAAACAUGAGAUAACUCUUAUGCUGUUAGAAAAUGGUGCGUCACCUGAUGCAAAAGACAACUUGGACUCGACCCCGCUGCACCGUGCGGCUUCUAAAGGCAAUCUGAAAAUAGUGCAGAUCCUCCUGAAACACAAAGCAUCCACCAAUAUCCAGGACAAGGAAGGGAACACGCCACUCCACCUUGCCUGUGACGAAGAAAGGACAGACGAAGCCAAGUUUUUGGUGGAACACGGUGCAAGUAUCUACAUUGAAAACAAAGAGGAGAAGACUCCACUGCAAGUAGCCAGGGGAGGUCUGGGCUCCUUGCUGAGGAGGAUUGUCGAAGGAUAGCUGUGCACAAUAAACUUCACAUCAGAGUAUUUCUUCAA